CUAAGUGGCUAACAAGUAGGUUGGUUUGUUGAGUGAAUUUUGUGUGGGGAAAAUGUUUUCUGGCGUUACCUAAUGUAUAAAUUAAGCUACACAUAGUGUCUUGAUGUAAUCAGCGUGUCAGCUGCAGAGCGUGGAUCUAAACAGCAGAAUAUGUGGACAGACGGAGUCCCCACACAGGGUGCAUUUUGGACCACUGAAGGAAACCUCACUUCAUUGUGCCCUAAUGGAUCCAAAUGGGUUUGGGAAGGGCUUGGGGAAUGUGCCCAGGAUGCGAGGGAUAUGGCCAGCGUCUACUUAGGCCUCCUGUCCAUCUUCUGCUUCAUGGUGUCUUCAAUGCCGCAAUACUACAGCUCAUGCAGAACAGGGAAUAUGCACAACGCCCUUUCUAUUUGGUUUCUGCUGAUGUGGUUGGGGGGUGACACUUGCAACCUGGUGGGCUCCUUCUUGGCAGACCAGCUUCCACUUCAGACAUAUACUGCCAUUUAUUACGUUUUAGCUGACUUGGUGAUGCUGGCCAUGUACUUUUACUACAAGAUAAAGAACAGAAUGGUUGAAAGCAGGAUGGUUUUAUAUGUGGUGGGUGUGGCCUGUGUCCUGGGCUUCACCACAAGCCUCGCCCAACUCCCCGGGUUAGGCACCCAACAGGAAAUGAUUCCCUCUGGUUUCAGAAGUCGUGCCUUGCUCUCAACCUCCAAAGGUAGCUCUAUCAAGACUUUUACCACAAAAGAGAUUAUUGGUUUCUCCAUCGGCUCAGUGUCGUCCGUGCUGUACCUCUGUUCCAGACUUCCCCAGAUGUAUACUAAUUUCAAAAGGAAGUCGACAGAGGGAGUGUCUUACUUUCUGUUUGCACUGGUCAUCCUGGGAAACACCACAUAUGGCCUAAGUGUCCUACUGAAGAACCCUGAUGAGGGCCAGAGCGAGAGAAGCUACCUUGUCCAUCACUUGCCAUGGCUCAUCGGCAGCCUCGGCACCCUCUGCUUAGACCUCAUGAUCUCCAUUCAGUUCAUAAUUUACCGCAAAUCUCCGGUGGAUGUGGGCAUCGGCCAUGAUGAGACAACGCCUCUGAUGGGGAGCUAAAUCAGAAACUGAACUGGUCACAUCCUCAGUUUGAUGGCAGACCUCAUAUAGAUGUCAGAAACCUGCUGGUGAGGGUGAGCGGACUGCAGAAAGGUUUCUCUGAAAUGAUUCCAGAGUUUUUAAGUUGCCAAAAACUUAUGACAAGUCAUGACACUAACCACUGCAUGAAGGCCUGUCUGAUCUUGUUUACAGUAUUUCAUGUAACUUGAAUCUUGAAUCAGUGAUGUGUCUGUGUGUCAAAGAAGAAAUGUUUUGCAAAAUAGUGUGAAUUGUAUUUUGUAAAGUUUUAAUUGAUGUUUACAGCAAGGGUCAUAAUUAAAAAGCAAACUUACACAGGUGUUCUCUACCAUGUUUAAUUUACACAUUUUUAUUUUCUCUCUCUUUAUGUUUUGCACAUCUAUAGUUUGUUUUGUACUUGUAUUAAAUAUUUUCAGUGGGUUGGUGUAAUGUAAAGUUAAUAAAUACUUUUCUAUAUUCCUUUGA